UAUCCAUACAUCGAGGACUAUCACCAUACAGUUCUGAACUUCAGUGAACAACAAUGAACAAUUUCGUAUACCUCGCAACUUUAGCUCUUGUACUGACGUCCUUUGUCAGUGUACAAGGGUAUGCUUUAAGUUCACGUUACCAAGUACAGUCAGAUGAAGUUGCAGCUGAAAUCGAACAACCAGAACUUGCAGUUGAUGGAGAACAUCCAGAACUUCCCUCAGGAGUCGAACAGCCCGAAAUCCCUGCUGAAGCCGAACAACCAGAACAUCCUGUAGCUGGAGAACAUCCAGAACUUCCUGAGGGAGCUGAACACCCGGAACACCCAUCUGAAGUGGAACAGCCCGAAUUUCCAAUUGGUGGAGAACAUCCUGAACAUCCUGAGGGAGCUGAACAACCAGAACUCCCUUCUGAAGUGGAACAACCAGAACUACCAGUAGGUGGAGAACAUCCAGAACUUCCCUCAGGAGCCGAACAACCUGAAAUUCCAGCUGAAGCCGAACAACCAGAACUUCCAGUUGGUGGAGAACAUCCAGAACUUCCCUCAGGAGUCGAACAACCUGAAAUUCCUGCUGAAGCCGAACAACCAGAACUUCCAGUUGGUGGAGAACAUCCAGAACUUCCCUCAGGAGUUGAACAACCAGAAAUUCCCUCUGAAGUCGAACAACCACAAGGUUCAGUUGUUGGAGAACAUCCAGAACUUCCCUCAGGAGUCGAGGAACCAGAAAUUCCCUCCGAAGUCGAACAGCCACAAUUCCCAUCUGGAGCCCAACAACCAGAACGUCCAGCUGGAGGAAAACAACCACCUGUUGAAGCAGUACACCCAGUGAUGCCUCUGGAAAUAGUACCAGUAGAGGUAGAAGAACAGUGAAAGUCGAAUAACUCGCACACUGAUUUGUAAAAAGUUAAACAUUUCAGAGUUAUCUGAAGAACAAAUCUAGUUGUGACUAUAAAUUAUGUUAAUUAGAGCUUAUGAGAGAAUAAAUCAUUGAUUUCAUCCAUA